AUGGCGUCAAUCGUCUCUCUCUCAAACGUAAUCGGAUUCUCUGACACCCAAAACCACAACUCCCUUUUCUCAUCUUCUCUCUGUAAACUAAACUUCCGGUCAAAUAUAGUUGAAAUCGAUACAUUUUCGCGGCACAAGGAGUAUCGGAAAACUGGACAUCACCAUAGAUAUUUUCGAUUAUAUGCACAUUAUGGAGGGAGGAAGGAAAAUAAUGAGAAAAGUGAUGCUGCAACUUCUAAGGUAAAUCUGUCUGGAAACCAGCGACCUAUACGGACAGAAAUUACUGAGGGUGCUAAGCAAUGGAGACGAGAACAGCACGGUGGCAGCAAGAAUGGAAAUGAAGUGCCUCAAAAUGCUGAUUUUCCUCGGCAUUAUUCAAGAAAGGAGAAGAAGCCUUUUCCAGUUCCCAUUAUAGAACUGCGACGGGCAGCUAGGGAGAGGAUAAAGAAGAUGAAAGAUGAGCCAAGGAGAAAUCUAUUGCCGGCACCAAAGAAUGGAUUGCUAGUAAAGAACCUAAUACCAGAAGCACAUGAUGUGUAUAAUGCUAGGAUCACUUUGAUUAAUAAUAUAAAGAAGCUGCUCAAAGUAGUACCCGUGCAUGCUUGUGGGUGGUGCAGUGAAAUCCAUGUAGGCCCUGUUGGACAUCCGUUCAAGUCAUGUAAAGGUUCACAAGCGAACCUCCGCAACGGCCUUCAUGAAUGGACAAAUGCACAUGUUGAAGACAUAUUAAUACCGAUUGAAGCCUAUCACCUCUAUGACCGCCUUGGAAAGCGGAUUACUCAUGAAGAGAGAUUCUCCAUCCCUCGGAUUCCAGCAGUGGUUGAGCUCUGCAUUCAAGCUGGCGUUGAGAUUCCAGAGUUUCCCACAAAAAGGAGAAGAAAGCCAAUAAUCCGUAUUGGGAAGAAAGAAUUUGUGGAUGCUGACGAAAGUGAACUACCAGAUAGAGUCGCAGAUAAACCUAUUAAACCGUUACUAGCUGAAAUACCGGAUUCAGAAAUAGUUGCUCCAGUGAACAAGGAGGAAGUAGUUCACCUUGCCGAGGAAACACUCCAAGCAUGGGAACAAAUGAGGAGAGGUGCCAAGAGACUAAUGAGAAUGUACCGUGUGAGGGUCUGUGGAUAUUGCCCUGAAAUUCAUGUUGGUCCCAACGGAACCAAAGCUCAAAACUGUGGAGCACACAAACACCAGCAACGCAAUGGGCAGCAUGGUUGGCAAUCUGCAGUGCUCAAUGACUUAAUACCGCCGAGAUUUGUGUGGCAUGUUCCUGAUGUAAACGGUCCACCGCUGGAACGAGAGCUUAGGAAUUUCUACGGACAGGCGCCAGCUGUAGUCGAAAUGUGCAUUCAGGCUGGUGCUGAGUUACCAGAACAAUAUAAAUCAACCAUGCGCCUUGACGUUGGGAUCCCUUCAACUCUUCAAGAAGCUGAAAUGGUAGUUUGA